AUGCGCGUUCCGCGAUAUGUCCGGCUACUGUUGCAGCCCCCGACGCUGGAUUUUGAGACCGCGAUAUGGGAAAUGGUCCAUGCGGUGAUUGCACCGCGAAAAGUAUUCAAAUCAAUGUAUUAUAGACAGCAAACGAGAAACCAGUGGGCCCGAGACGACCCUUCGUUUGUUGUGCUGUUGACGCUCCUGCUCGUGCUCGCCGCAGUGGCCUGGGGGCUAGCAUACACGCCCACGUUCGGCGGGAUCAUCAAGCUAAUUCUGUACAUGGUAAUUGUUGAUUUUCUCGCCAUGGGAGUGCUCAUUUCAAGCGUUCUGUGGUUUGUGGCCAGUAAGUUUCUCGUCCGUCCCAACCAAAACCCAGGAACCAAGCUCGAGUGGGCGUACUGCUUCGACGUUCACUGCAACGCGUUCCUCAUUAUUUAUGUUCUGCUCUACGUCGUGCAGUUUGUCCUUCUGCCCAUCAUAGACCGCGACAACUGGACCUGCAUGUUCCUGGGAAACACCCUCUACCUGGUGGCUUUGAGCCAGUACUUUGUCGUAACCUUUGUGGGGUAUUCCUACGUGCCCUUCUUGCAGCACACAGACUACCUGCUCAGUCCGAUUGUCGGCCUGGCUGUCGUCUACGUCGUCUGCCUUUUUGGCGUCUCAAUCCCCCGUUUCAUGCUAACCCGCUACUUUUAUUGA